UGCCGAUCAGCAGCGAUUGUUCGUUGCGGUUCGUUUUGAGACUAGGGAUGAUGCGAAAGAGGCAAUGAGCAAAUAUAGCGAUAGCGAUUUAAUGGGACAUCGUUGUGAAUUAACAUGGUUCAAAGAUAUCCGUCGGUAUGCACAAUACCAAAGUCUCAACCAGCAAAGACGUGGGCGACCAGCAUUCCGUAGAAACUAUCAGUACAACAAUACCAGCAGAGACCGUGGUAGAGACGCACCCAAACGACGUUAUUCUGAUCGAGAUGAUGAUAGAAGUCGUUCUCGAUCUAAGGAAAGAGGUCGCUCUUCCAGCUACAGUCGAUCUCCGAGUGCAAAAUCUGGCGAAUCAUCCCGAAGCCGCUCUCACAGCAGCGAGCGUGGUGCAAGUGAAGAGCGCAACCGGCGUUCGUCUUCCCGAGACUCUAAUGAUGCACAAGGUGUGGGGCACGACAAAGACGGAGAUCCAGAUCGCAAACGUCGUAAGAAAGACAAAAAGCACAAGAAGUCGUAAGU